AUGUUCGGCCUGAAUACUCUCAAGGUUGGAGCUUUGUUCGGGCUGACUACCCUUGCACUGUCAGUCCAGGCAUCUGAAAGCUCAUCAAGCGAGUGCCGAUGUUUCCCUGGGGAUGAUUGCUGGCCUUCAACUUCUGUUUGGAAUGCUUUCAACCAGUCUGUGGACGGCCGCCUGGUGGCUACAGUGCCUCUUGCCACUCCCUGCCAUACACCUCACUAUGAUGAGGAAGCAUGUGCCUCUUUGAAGACUGGCUGGGAUCUGCCAGAGGAGCAUUACCAAUCUUCCUCGUCAUUCAUGGCCCCAUUCUUCACCAAUGGAACCUGCGAUCCCUACCACCCCAUUUCCAAACCAUGCACCCUUGGCAACUUUGUUCGAUAUGCCGUCAAUGUCUCCACCCCCACCCAUGUGGCCAAGACUUUGAAGUUCGCGACCCAGCAUAAUAUUCGUUUUAUUAUCCGUAACACUGGUCAUGACUACAAUGGCAAAUCCACCGGCGCCGGCGCCCUUUCGGUUUGGACUCACCACCUAAAGGAUAUCGAGUUCAAGGACUGGAGCGACAAAUACUAUACCGGAAAGGCCGCUAAGCUUGGCGCUGGUGUGCAAGGUGUUCAGGCCUAUGACGAGGCCCAAAAACGUGGCCUUCGGAUGGUCGGAGGAGAGUGCCCUACAGUCGGCCUUGCUGGCGGAUAUAGUCAGGGAGGAGGUCACUCGUCUUUGGCUUCAAAGUACGGACUUGGUGCUGACCAAGUCCUCGAGUGGGAGGUCAUCGAUGGCAACGGGAAUUUCCUCACUGCCAACCGUGACCAAAACACCGAUCUCUACUGGGCGCUGGCCGGUGGAGGUGGUGGUACUUACGGCGUCGUCUGGUCCAUGACCUCCAAGGCUCAUCAAGAUAGCAAGGUGUCUGGUUUGAACCUUACUUUCACAACCACGGGAAUCUCAGACGAUACGUUCUUCAAGGCUGUGGAGUUCUACAACUCCCGUCUACCUUACAUCGUGGAUGAGGGUGUCAUGACUCUCAACUUCCUGACCAAUGCUUCUUUUGCCGUGGAGCCCAUGACUGGACCCGGUGUUCCCCUGGCGAAACUCGAAAGCCUGAUUAAGCCCGUCCUCGACGAGCUGAAGCGUCUUGGUAUCAACUACACCUAUCAGGCUGAAGAGUUCGACACCUAUAUGGACCAGUAUAACUCUCAGGUCCCUGUCGUUGAAGUUGGAGUUGCUCAGUACGGUAGCUGGCUUCUUCCCCGGUCGGUUGUCGAGAACUCCAGCAACAAUCACCAGCUGACACAGUCCAUCCGCACCGUCUUGGCCGAACACGCCACUUUCACCACAGUUGCUGUCAAUGUCUCAAGAGCAGUCACUGGUGAUGUUUUCAACGCUGUGAACCCCGCGUGGCGCAGCGCCAUCGCCCAUGUACUCAUGUCCACCCCUUGGGAGUACGAUGUGCCGGAGAAGAUGCGUCAGAAGCGAGAGCUGAUGACCCACAAGCUGGUGCCUGCUGUCAGCAAGCUGGGCCCUGCCUCUGGUGCUUAUCUUAAUGAGUGUGACUUUGACCAGCCUAACUGGCAAUACGCUUUCUAUGGCAAGAACUACAACACUCUCCGCAGCAUCAAAAAGAAGUAUGACCCUCACCAUCUCUUCUUUGGUAAGACUGCUGUUGGUUCUGAGGACUGGACCAUCUCGGAGAGUGGGCGUAUGUGCCGUGCAAACGGUUCCGCCGUCCGUAUUGACACUUGA